CCGCCCUCCUUCCCCUCAGCUCUCCGCCCGGUGCGCGGCCAUGAGGGCGCGGAGCAACCGUCGCCGCGCCUGAGGGUCCGGGGGCGGCCGGGGCCGUGCCCUGCGGAGCGGGGAGCGGCGCCGGGCAUGCGGGCGGUGGGAGCGGGUCGGGAGGUGGGAUGCUGUCGCGGAAGAAGACGCGUACGGAGCUCUCCAAGCCGGGCGAGGUGCAGGGCAAGUACGUGAAGAAGGAGACCAGCCCUCUGCUUCGCAAUCUGAUGCCUUCAUUUAUCCGUCACGGUCCAACCAUUCCAAGACGAACUGAUAUCUGUCCUCCUGACUCAACUUCUUCUGCAUAUGCUUCUGGUGGAGAUGGAAUUGUUUCCAGAAACCAGAGUUUCCUUCGAACUCCUGUGCAGAGGCCACCUCAUGAAAUAAUGAGACGUGAAAGCAACAGACUGUCCGCACCUUCCUAUCUUGCAAGAAGUUUAGCUGAUGUCCCUAGAGAAUAUGGCUCUUCCUCCCAGUCCUUUUUAACAGAACCUAAUUCUGUUUUGGAAAAUGGAGAUGCUGGUGCCCGAUGUUAUUAUUAUGACCAUUUUUAUGAUGCCCAGAGGAGACGUCAGUUAAAUGAUCGCGUACACGAGGACUACAGGUAUUAUGAACACAACAGCGAUCUUUUCCAGAGGAUGCCACAGAAUCAUGGGAGGCACACUUCAGGCAUUGGUAGAGUUGCUGCUACUUCUCUAGGAAACUUAACAAAUCAUAGUUCUGAAGAUUUACCUCUUCCUCCUGGCUGGUCAGUGGACUGGACUAUUAGAGGAAGGAAAUACUAUAUAGAUCAUAACACUAAUACAACUCACUGGAGCCAUCCACUCGAGCGCGAGGGACUGCCUCCGGGAUGGGAGAGAGUUGAGUCAGCAGAAUUUGGAGUGUAUUACGUAGAUCACAUCAAUAAAAGAGCUCAGUAUAAGCAUCCUUGUGCUCCCAGCGUUCCCCGUUACGACCAGCCUCCUCCAGUGACUUACCAGCCGCAACAAGCCGAGAGAAGCCAGCCUCUCCUUGUCCCUGCAAACCCCUACCACACUGCGGAGAUUCCAGACUGGCUCCAGGUCUACGCCAGGGCUCCUGUAAAGUACGAUCACAUCCUGAAGUGGGAGCUCUUCCAGCUGGCGGACCUGGACACCUACCAGGGGAUGCUGAAGCUGCUCUUCAUGAAAGAACUGGAACGGAUCGUUAAGCUGUACGAGGCGUACCGGCAGGCUCUCCUCACCGAGCUGGAGCACCGCAAGCAGAGGCAGCAGUGGUAUGCCCAGCAGCACGGCAAGAAUUUUUAAGCUAACAACUCUUUUUGAUAGACUUUUACGAGGACACUUAAGAGCUUUAAAAGGUUUUCACACUUCAAACUAUGAAAAAAGUGCUUUUGUUGAAAAGGCAGCUUAUUUUUGUUGACGUUGCACCUUUGUUAUUAUCCUCUUGAAUAUUUUUCUACCUGUAUUAUGUAUUGUUUAUAAAAAAUGAAAAAUGUUUGUUAAUCUUUUUCCAUACAAGAAGUAGUUUAUUAUUCUGCAAACCAGCGCGGAGUUUAAUCAGAGACUUGAUUCUGGUAUCUUUUUCUAGCAGUCAGCUGCAUUAUUUAGAAGCUGACUAUAUAUUUUUAAAGGACAGUAGAUGCAACUAUAUGAAGUGUCCUGGAUUCCAAACAUUGUUCAAACCCAAGUGAGUAUUUCCAUGUAUUUCCCUCGGGACUUGGUAGCCCUCUCUUGCGAGAGGUCUGCUCUUUGUUUACAGCUUUAAUGUACAGAACACCGACGCGGUUCCUGUUCAGUAACACCCAGACAGGAGCAGAUUUCAUCGAUGUAAACCAAGUGCUUCAUGAAAAUGAAGUCUGAGUUGCCUUAUUUUUUACUUUAACGCAUUGCUACUUUAGGUUUACUACUAGUUUUCACAGAAAUUAGAGGGGAAAUACUUGUACCUUCUUAAAGACCAACUUUUCACGGGUUUUUAAAUCCAAGGUAAACUGCGUUUCAUGAAAUGUGACCCAGCCACGUGGGAAGGUGAUAGCAUUGUCCAACCAGCUGUACCACACCAUGGGAAAAAUCAGGGAUGUAACAACAACUGCUUUUUUUU